AUGUUAUCAAAAAUAAUAAUAAUUAUUUUUAUAGUUAUUAAUUUUAUAAAUAUUAUUAUAUCAUCAAUUACAUUCGAUAUUGAUUGUAGGGAUAUAAUUAAUGGAGGAAUAAAUCCUUCUUCCUCUUCUAGUAAUAGUAAUAGUGGUUCCGAUUAUAGUGGUGAAAUUAUAUUAAAUUUAAAAAAUAAAGAAUGUAAAGAUUACCAUAUUGAAGAAUUAUUAAAUAAUUACUAUAUUCAAAAUAAUAAUAAUAAUAAUAAUAAUAUAAUUACUAUAAAUGGUAAUGAAACAUUUGGUACUACAAUAAUUCAAAGUAAAAAACAACCAUUUUUAAAUUUAAUAAAUGAUAAUUCCAAUAAUUCAACAACCACUAAAUCAAUUUCACUAAAUAUAACUAUAAAUAAUAUUAAUUUUAAUAAUUGGAUAACUCCAAUAUUAUAUAUGGAAACUAUAAAUAAUAAUAUAGAUUUUAUAAAUACCAAUUUUAAUAAUCAUUCAAAUGAAAUUUUAAUAUCUUACCCAAUAAUAUCAAAUAAUGAUAGUAAUGAUAAUAAUUCAAUUAAUAAAACACUAAAUUCAAUAAAUUUAAAUAAUUGUAAAUUUGAAAAUUUUAAUUAUUUAACUAAAUUAAAUAAUUUAAUAAUGCCAAUAAAAUUAAAACAAACUUCAAUUUCAGUGAAAACAAGUACAUUUAUAAAUUUAUCAAUGAAUAAUACAUUUUUCCAUUUAAAUCAAUCCUCACUUACAAUUUCAAAUUGUUCAACUAAUAAUAUUACCACUAAUAAUUUCUCAUUCAUUACAUUAAUAAAUUCACCAACCAUAAUAAGUAAUUAUAAUCAUUCAAAUAGUAAUGGUAGUUUUAUUAACCAUAUUAAUAAUAAUAAUGACCUAAUUGAUUUUAGUAAUGAAAAUAUGUUAAUCGAAUUCAGUAAUUUCAAUAAUAAUUUAAUAUUACCACAACCACAACCACAACUUGAAUUAUUAGAACAAAGAUUACAACAACUCAAUAAUAGUGAUUAUAAUAAUAAUAAUAAUAAUAAUAAUAAUAAUAAUAAUAAUAAUAAUAAUAAUAAUAAUAAUAAUAAUAAUAGUUUCAAUGAAAAUAUAAAUGGUUUCAUUAUAUUAGAUUGUGAAAAUAAAACUGAAAAAGCAAAUGUCUUAUUUUAUUCUAAUCAAUUCAUUAAUAUAAUGCCAUAUAAUAUAAAUUUUAAUUAUUCAAUUAUAAAUAUUAAAAAUAUAAAUUUAAUUUUAAAUAAUAAUAAUAUUAUAAAUAAUAUCAAUAGUAAUAGUAAUAAUAAUAAUAGUGGAAUAAUUUCAAAAGCAAAUUUUAAUAAUCAAAAUUUAAUUCAUAUUGUUAAUAGUAAUUUAACAUUAAUUGAUAGUAAAAUUGAAUCAGAUAAUCCAAUAGGUGGUGAAUACUCAACUGUUUAUAUUGAUUCACCAUCAAAUGAUAAAAUUGGUUGGAAUAAAUCAAAUAAUACAAAUAGUAGUGAUGAUGAUGAUAGUAAUUCAAAUAGUAGUAGUAGUGGUGGUGGUAGUGGUGAUAAUAAUUCAAUUGGUAGUAGUGAUAAUAGUAAAAAUAAAAAUAAUAAAUUAGAAUGGUGUUUUGAUUGUGAUGGUUGUGUAUUCUCAAUAUCAACUGAUAAAAAUGUAACUUUAACAAAUAGUGAUAUUUGUCCAGAUCCUGAUGCUCCAAAUAAUAGUAAUGAUAAUGGUAAUGGUAAUGGUGGAGGUAGUGGUAAAAAGAGUUACAAAAACACUAUAUUAGCUGUGACUAUUAGUGCCAUUGGUAUCAUUUGUGUUGCUUUAUUAUUAACAGUUGUAAUUUUAAAAAGAAGAAAUAGAAAGUCAUCAUUUGACUAUUUACUUAUUAAUCAAUAUUAUUUAGAUGAUGAAGAAGAAAAAAGGGAAUUAUUAUUAAAUAGGAAUAAUAACUAUUAUUAUGAUAAUAAUAUAAUAGAUAAUUAA